UAUUGCUAAAAGCGGCGUAAAACACUAAACUCACUCACUCCAAUAUCAAAUAUAUUCAUCAGAACUCAUUAUAUGAAUACAAGGAAUGCACACGUUACGAUAUAAAGUAUGUACAUGUUUGUGAAGAAAGACAUGGGACAAUGCUUCUUUCAUGCUUAAACAUAAACAGCCAACUGCAUCCACAUAUCUCUUCAGUCUUGUUCUAUUUAAUUGUGGUAAUUUAACUAUAUAAUGUAAACGAUUAAUGUUUUCGGUCAAACAGUUUCCGUUGGAAACAAUAUCCAGAUGAGAAAAUAUUCCAGAAACUGCCUGUGGAAAUAUUAUCUUUGGAAAUAUUUCCCAAGGAUGUUACCUCCCAUGGAUCUCUAGUGCGAAACACAUAUCCUAUCACAAUAAAACCUCAUCAAUUUAGGCAUUUAUUUCUCACCCUAAUUCAAACAUGGCUGCAAACGCAUUAAUAUGACCAGAUAUUCCAGAACAUAAUAAAGACUGCAAGGAAAAGGUAAGUUAUUCACCCAUGUUGUAGGGUGUCUAAAAUUAAACAAAAAAGAACUGAUUUUUCGAUUGUGAUGAAUUUGAAACUAAUGGUAUAAUUUUGGUAAUGUUUUAAUAAUUGUCUUAACUGUUUGUUCAAGAACAGUGUAUACAUUUUUGCCUUACAGUUUACUGUUACAAAGUAUCCUUGCGUUCAUGCGUGCUACUAGCCCCAUAUAGCCUGUCAGAAGAAAAUAUUGUUAUAUGAAAUAUUUAUUUCUUGAAAGAAGUUGCAUAUUAUGUUUACAUUUCCUAAACAUGCACAUAAGGGACAUAAAAUACGCCUCCUCAGGACAAUCUUAUCAAAGUUGUGUUUUUUAUUAUUCCUAUUAAAGUCACAGAUGUUUUGUGUUUGUGUUUGUCAUUAUUUUAACUAGACAAAAAAACGCUUUGAAGGAUAAGAACGUACAUGCAAAAUAAGAAAGGGAUAUAUUGUUAUUGUCUGAAAUUUGUUUUGUAAAUGUUGAACAGUCCUCUCCAUACAGAACUACCUUGUAUUGUGAUAUACCCCUCACAACUAACUGAGCAUGGUUUCAGUUGUAAGGCAACUAUAUAUGAUAUACCUAGCUCACGUCAAGUCCACGCCUAUUUAUUAACAUUAUCUAAGAUGCUAUCUGUAUUCGCACAAUGGUAGCAUAGGGCCAACUCACUAUUGCUUAACGACCUUUUAAAUAAUUCAAACAUUAAUCGAGCCGGUAGCGAUCGAGUUGCGAGCCAGUCGAGAUUAAAAUCCCAGAUAUCUAAUUGUUUUCGUGUAAAUUCUUUAUGAGACUCCAACGUUCGUAGUACAGUGCGAGUCCUAAUUUGAUUAAGAUACGAGAGAGCGCCGGUUACUAGGAGCCGUGGACAAAACUUGGCCGGAUACAUUGCUUUGUUUUGUGCGUCAGUAUGUGUAGUAUCUAGCAUUUUCGUACCUUGUUUACAUACAGAUUGUACCGAUGUAUUGUGGGUAAACUCUUGUUACCUAGGAAAUUCUCGAAAGAUGAGUUUUGUAUGAAAGUGUCAGUCGCUAUUGACGAAUUAACUCUGUGUAUAUCCCGUUGCCAUUACAACGUUCUAUUUUGAUCCGUCACACCAGCGUUCACUUGAAUGGGGCACUAGUUACUUCAAGACUUCAUUAUCAAAAUUAUUUGUUUGGUUUCACCUAAACCAACCAGUUAUUUCGCAAAAUAUAAUAUAUCGCGAGUCAAUAUGGCUGGAGGGAGCGAGAAGAAUGUCAUUAAAGGAAUGAGGGAUGUUCCCAAACGUCCAUCAGAAGAUGAGAAUGAAGAGGAAUCUCUUCCUGUCCUGUCUGAAGAGGACAGAAACUGCAUGAAUGCCAAGAUGCACCUCCUAACACAAUCCACAGACGAAGGCAUUUCCUUGUACGACCAUCUGGCUGUCUUGCUGUCGGGAGCCCUGGAACAUCAACCGGAGAACUUUUUAGACAACCUUGAGAAACUGAGUCUACAGUUGAAGAGGGACAAAGUGAAGAUCACCCAGAGUACAGUUAGAUCUAUUCCACCACCUUCGCCCAGCUACCACCUUGCUAAGGUUGAACAGAGACAGUUCCAAAAAAUCAGCAAUGAAGAGAUGAACCGACUCCACGAUUUUCCGGAAGAUGGCCUUCAGGAAGAUGAGAGAUACACGGCGAUUCCGAACCUCAUGAAACAGGCUCAUUGCUUCCAGAUGGCGGGUGUUGGUCUGUCGAUGGAGGAAUACACCCGCAUAGCUCUGUCUCUGAGGGAGCUGGUCAAAGUGUGGCCGAUAGAAACUGUCCGGUUCUGGGGGAAGGUUCUGGGACUAAAGCAAAACUACUACGUAGCGGAGGCGGAAUUCCCGGAAGGGGAGUAUGAAACCGACAUCAGUGAUGACGAGGAAGAGGAAGACGACGACCCGGCAGAGGAGAGGGAGGAUAGUCUUUUUGACGAAACCACAACCAUAUUGUCCAUGAAGCCGCUGUUCAAGCACCCACGUAAAAUCCCCUGUGAUGCAGCAGGGACAGGCUUGAACAAAAAGGUGUACUUCGUGUGCUCAGAACCCUGCCAGCCGUGGUAUCGUUUACCCCAUGUCACACCUGAACAAAUUGUCACUGCUAGAAAACUAAGGAAGUACUUCACUGGAUAUCCCAACCAGCAGAUGGUGACAUAUCCACCAUUCCCGGGUCUUGAAAAGAACUAUCUUCGGGCGCAAAUUGCCCGGAUCAGUGCCUCUACACAUGUCUCCCCCAUUGGAUUCUUCAAGUUUGACGAGGAGGGGGAGGAGGAAGAAGAGGGGGAGCCGGCGGAGGGUAGUAGGGAUGGGUUCGUGGAAGAUCAGGACUUCGAGGGACUGAGCAUGAGAGACCUGACAGAUCAAGGAAUGACGAAUUGGGUCCACCACACUCCGUUUGUCCUACCACAGGGUCGGAUUACGUGGUACAACCCUCUGCAGGGGCACGAGGGAGAGGAAGAGAACGAGGAAGAGGAGGAAAGAAACGAGCCCGAUGAACCGGAACCGGAACAUGGGCCGCCAUUGUUGACUCCGCUAUCAGAGGAUGCCCAGGUUGGAAAGAGUCCGGCUUGGAUUGCGAAGGCGUCAUCACAGUUUGUCCCAGAAUAUUCAGUGGCUAUUCUUCACUCGAACACAUGGCCAGGGGCGUAUGCCUUUGCUUCUGAUAAAGCGAGGUUUUUUGAGAACGUGUAUAUUGGCUGGGGACAUAAACAUCUUGAGAGUUGUUUCGAACCUGCCAUCCCUGAGCCACCGUUACCCGAGUUCCCGACUGGACCGGAAGUAAUUGAAGCGGAGGACCCGUCACCAGAGACAGAGGCGGCUGUACGCUCGGCAAUGCGCGAGAAGGAGUUAGAUGCCCCGGAAGAGGAAGAGGAAGUUGGAGAGAUGGAGGCGGAAGAAGAGGAAGAGGGUGAUGAAGAGGACCAAUAGGUCAAUGCGCAGAAACGCAAAGCUCUGUUAUUUGCUGUAUUAUAGAGACGAAAAUCUGUAUUGUCAUCCCUAACACGUUUAGUUAAAAUCAUGAAAUGUGGAUGGGAAUGGGAAAGCAACUAUAUAUCGGACAUCCCUUCCAAUCUUAUGCAGGCGUUCUAAAAGAAUGUCGUCUUGGUCGUGUGGUCUGUUUUACGUGCAGAGUAGCUAUUGUUGUAGGAAUUCUAUUUAGGAGAAUACUAAAUGUGCCAUAAUUCCUGAGUCCAGUUUUAACUCCAUGACUUGGAACUUGGCAAAAAACUUUUAACAAUUUUGUAUUGAACAUUGCUGCGAAUUUGAUGAGAAUAAGAAUGUUUUUGUGUA